AUGGGGAAUUCGCAUUCAGAUGGUCAAGCUGAGCUCUGCUGCUGCGUGCCUGUUACAUAUGAAGAGAUCGAUCAUGAGACACUUGUGCACGUAAAACGUAUACGCUGGAAUGGACAAUACAAUCGUGGGUACUGUACAGAGAACUGUACUAAGAUUAAUAUGACAGCGACGCACACGUAUUGGAAAGGCCGACUAGCAUCAUCACCGGAGCGAUUUCCUUACUAUGUUCCAAGCAGUUGGUUUCGCCUCAGUGUACAAGUAGAUACUACAUGCCUUCCAGAUUGGGGUCCAAACUGGCAUACACUGUACCACGGUACAGAUCCGCGAAACAUUCAUAAGAUUAUUGAAAACGGAUUUCGGGUUCGCGAAUGCCAACAUGGAUUUCCAGCGCUGUACCUAUCUCCUAGUAUUCAGUAUUGUUCGCAUCCGAGGUACGCACGUGUAAUUUCACACAAAAGUAUGUUCUUUCAGUUCGUACUGGAGGUGCGAGUCGACAUUAGAAAAUUGCAGCCUCUGAAAAAGCGUGAAACGCUCGAGGUUGGCGUAAAAGGUGACAUUGAUCCAAACUUUCCAAACAAUGAAGAUCUUGAAUUCUUACUUCGAGCGCAGGAAGGAAAAUUUAUAAAAUCUUGCGAAGGUGUAGUUGUAACGGGUGUCAUGGUUCGGAAAAUAAACUUUGAUCCUGCAUUGCUGCCAUCGAGUUGGUGGUGGUGCAAAUGGCGUACUUGGGUGCAAAUUCAUCAUUACUACUACAAUAGCACCCCGAAGCUCGAAAAGCACACACAAUAG